AUGGAGACGAGUCAUGUUGAGGUUCAGUUAGUAGAAACGACGGGUGGUCUCAUGUUUUUGUGGAGGGAGAGCAGCAUACAAGUUCAGUCAGUGGUGACAGAUACUAACUUUAUCUUUUUGACUUUGAAAAUACCAAAUUAUGCACAUAUAGUUCUGGUGGGGAAUGUUUAUGGACCACAUACUUUGUUGGAGCGCAGAGUAUUUUUUGAGGCCUUGAAAGUUCAUGUGUUGAGCCAUGAUGGUAUGGUGUUUCUUGGUGGUGAUUUUAACGUUGUGAUGUUGGGAUCGGAACGCUCUUCAGGUGGAGUGCUCAAUGCAGGUGAUGUUGUUUUUCAGCAAUUUGUGCGCAAUAGGAACUUAACAGAUUUACAUCUUCUGAAUGGAGAGGCAGUGGGUUUGUUGUUUGGUGUGCCUGAUGCUGGUCCUAAACCUUUCCACUAUUUUAAUCAUUGGGUGGAUGAGAAUGGUUUUAAUGAGGUGGUGGAGACUUGGUGGCGGUCUGCAGUUUAUCAAGGUUGGUCGGGUUAUGUUUUGCAGCAAAAAUUAAAGGGGUUGAGGGGGAAAAUAAGAGAGUGGCGUAAGGGGAAAGGGGCGUGGGGAGUAGAAAAAAUUGUUUCUUUAGAGAAUAGAUUGCAGGAGGUGAUGGGGGCUAUGGAGGAACAGGGGGGUCGCAUACUUUGUCUAAGGAAAAGAGGGAGAUUUUGGAGGCUUUAUGGAAAGCAUACCUGUUGUUUGCUGUUGCUGCUGGUGCUGUUUCAUGUUGUUGUUGCUGUUUGUUGUUUGCUGUUGUUGUUUGCUGGUUGCUCUGUUGCUGAUUUUUGA